GCGAAGGACGAUGACAUGAGUGUCCAUGAAACAAAGUCUGACUUAUCCGAGAGCUUUCUUGAUUCAGAUACUCCAGAUUACAGUGAGAAGUACAACAAAUAUGAAGCUGACUAUGUUCGUUAUCUGAAGAACAAAUAUUUCUCCAAAUAUGACUUGUAUGGAGGUGUUAUAUUCGACGAGGAAGUUACCAUAGAGGGCGAGAUUAUUAAGUCAAGCAGGUGGCCUUGUACACGAUCAUUCGUAGAUCCUGUUCAGAGUUUUGAAGAUCAAAGUUUGUUUUUGGAUUCUGCAGAAGAAAGCUCUACCAAUCAUCCAAACAAAAAGUACAAAUCAUAUAUUCAUUUGAAAGAUCUGGAGGAUGCAGCUUCUGUUGAUAUGGAUGAAGUGGACCAGUUGCAUAAAUCUCUUGAUGUACCUUGCCUGACAGCCGAUUCAUCAGUCAACCCGGAGGUAGUAGCAUUGUCAGGGCCAGAAGCAGAAAUUAUAGCACAACCCUCAAGAAGGGAAGUCUUUGCUGAAGAACAAAGAGUGCAGCUGGAAUGCCCACCAGCAGAUGAGGAAACCACCGAACAUGCAGUAGCUAAUCAAGUAGAGGCAGCUGAUGUCCCAUCCAGUAAUACUUCCCCACCAUUGAGUGUAGAGCCAGCAAAAUCAUAUAAGCUGAUUCAGGGAGAGGAAUUUGAGAUAUUCUUCAGGGCCUGUGAAGAAUUAUUUUAUCGUGAGAAUCGUGAGACAGCACCUAAGAAUGAGGAUUGAGGAGGUAAGAUAAUUGUUAGGAAAGGAGUCAA